AUGUCUCUGUCUCGAAGCCCGUCGCCUGUCCCGGGUGGGGGCUGGUCGAGUCCUGGCUUGAAUAUCAACAGCGGUCGCUCGAGUCCUUCCAAUGCCGCCGGCAGCUCCGUCUCUUGGGAAUCCGCCAAGAUGAGGAAGCAAGGCGCCAAUGGCUACCCGUCCUUCUCGACCCAGAAUCAGGGCUUCUUCACCCGCCACAUGCGCCGCAUAUCGAGCAGCCUGCCACGAUUCGCCGCCGGCCCGGGCAAUACCUACGCGGAGAGGGAAAAGUAUGAGCGAGGAGGACACAGCCCGCACGCCGGCGGCGGGAGGUUACGAGCCUUUCUUGCCCGCAUUGGCAGGAGGCUAAAGUGGAGGAUUCUGCUCCCGCUCAUCAUCAUCUGCACCAUUGUGGCGUACUAUGGCACUCACGAGGCUCCCGGCUUCGUUCACUGGUGGCGACGGAUCUCAAUGGGUGGAGGCGGCGAAAAGUUUGUCAUUAUCCUGGGGGCCAACGUUGGUGGAGGUGUCAUGGAGUGGAAGGGAGCUCGAGAGUGGGCCAUUGAGCGAGACAGCGUUCGCAACAAGCGGAAAUAUGCCACGAGAUGGGGUUACGACUUGGAAAUCGUUGACAUGAAGACCAAGAAGCGAUACGCCCACGAAUGGCGAGAGAGCUGGGAAAAGGUCGACUUCAUCCGCGCUGCGAUGCGGAAAUAUCCCAAGGCUGAAUGGUUCUGGUGGCUGGACCUCAACACCUACGUAAUGGAGCCAUCGUACUCGCUGCAGCGUCAUCUGUUUAACCACCUCGAUCGACACGUUUACCGAGACAUUAACGUCUUCAACCCUCUCAACAUCACCCACCCCCCCACGGAAGAAUACCUGGAUGCUGAGGCGCGAAGCCCCGUUGGCGAUGGCAAUAUCAACUCGGUGAACCUCAUGCUCACCCAAGACUGCUCUGGGUUCAACUUGGGUUCUUUCUUUAUUCGACGCAGCGCCUGGACCGAGCAACUUUUGGAUAUCUGGUGGGACCCGGUGCUGUAUGAGCAGAAGCACAUGGAAUGGGAGCACAAGGAGCAGGACGCUCUGGAGCAACUGUACCGGACCCAGCCCUGGAUUCGACAGCACACGGGCUUCCUGCCGCAGCGCUUGAUCAACAGCUUCCCCCCGGCUGCGUGCGCGGACGAAUCGGGUCUUAACAACACCAGGAUACACUACAACGAAAAGGAUCGCGACUUCGUAGUCAAUAUGGCUGGCUGCGAGUGGGGUCGCGAUUGCUGGGGCGAGAUGUAUCACUACCGCGAGUUCAGCUACUGGCUCAAUCGAAACCCUUGGGAGCUUUUCAAGGAGGAGAUUGUGGCUGUCAUCUGGUACAAACUCACGGGCCAGCGAGUCAAGCUAUAA